AUGUCGGAGGACCUUGACGAUACGCCGUCAGAUGAAGAACAAUAUUACUCAGAUGAUGAAAAUCUGAGCAACAAUGACCCUGGACAUGAAGAUGACAAAAAUGCAGAAUCUAAUCCUGUCAUACACAAACUAAAAGAAAAUGAAGGUGACAUUUCUGCUAACGAGAAAAAUGAAAAAUACUUUAAAGAUGUGAAACAAUAUGUGUUCACCACACAAAACUCGAAUGGCACAGACUCUGAAAUAUCUGUGAGUACCACCACGAACCUGAAGUUCGCGCUGAAGAACUCAUCAACCCCCAAUGUGCCUGCAUUUUGGACAAUGCUAGCUCAAGUUAUAAAUGAAACCCCCGUGAACAUGGAUGAUAAAGAUCAACUCUAUCAAGCAAUUCCAAGCUCUGAUUUGAACACUACCAGCAAAGACAAGCUGUCUGAGAUAGAGGAGGCCAAGUUCAAAUUAAUGCUGGGGAUCUCACUGAUGACCCUUAUCCUCUUAAUUCCCCUCUUGAUAUUUUGUUUUGUCACGCUGUACAAAUUGAGAAAACUAAGUGACAAAAGCUUUGGCAGUCAAUACUCUGUCAACCCGGAGCUGGCGACUCUGUCUUACUUCCACCCGUCGGAAGGCGUAUCGGAUACAUCUUACUCCAGGAGUGCCGACAGCGGCACCUACUGGACCAACACAACUUCAGACUUGAAACAAUCCAGCACAAAAAAGCCAAAAUUGAAACAUAUGGAUUAUUCUGCAGAUUCUGAUCAAACACCCUUAAACGAGGAAGAAACAGCUUUCCUUCUGCCCGAGGAGUCAGCCUUCCUUCUGCCCGAGGAGUCAGACUUAAUUCCGCCCGAGGAUCCAACCUUCCUUCCUCCCCAGGAGCUGGGUGAGCAGCCCAUCAGUGAGAAUGUCCCUGUGAAGGAAAGAAAUGAGGAGCCCAUGGUUGAUGAGACGACCACUGAGGCGCCUUUGGUUGAGAAACAGCAAAUCACUGAGUAA